UUGCGAUAUCUGAAAGAGAGUACUUCUUAAUGCACGAAGGGAGAGAUGUGCUGACAAGGUAACAUAUGUGAAAGUAUCACGGACAGAACCAGGUAGUUGUUAACCAACUGCACUCAGGCCACCACACCCCUCGUUCUGUUUGCUUUCGUUUGCAAAAUGUCCAUGUCUUUUGCGGGCGAAGCCGCAACAGGUAAGCUAGUUUAUUUUACUCGUGGUCCUACGCGACAGAGAAGUCGGACUUGCUGGAAGGCAAGGACGAGGAACAUCAAUGGUCAUGCGUUAUAGCUCUCUCGGCGCGUUCCCCAUACAAUUCAAGCCAGAGCUUGCCCGGCACCAUCCUUGACGGCGUUGUUGGCGGGCGUGCCCAAGGGGUGGGAGUUUGGACAUCCGUUGGAAAGGAAGGGGUAGCGGGGAGUCGCGGGAGCAGGGGGGUAAGGACCAGGGGCCUCGCUCCACUCCACUACUCACCACAUGGACAAAAGACAACAAAAAUGGCGGUGUAUCUUCCCAUGUUUUAGCGGGACAUUCGUUCACAUUAUUUGGUGAGUCGUGGAGCGGCGCCCCAAGGCGGGGCUGAAUUUGUGGUGUGGAAUGGGCAUAAACUUCAGGGUCGUGGAGAAAAGCUGUUGAUCGGCGGCCGCGGAGAUUGACAGGUUGUUGUUGUCGGCGGGAAGGCGACGGGGAGAAUUUGUUGUAGGAGCAUGGGGACCAGGCCGUCGGUGAGGUACUCGUCGCUACCUCAGGACGAAGACUCCGCCUUGAGAAUCUAUCGGACGUCGGACGGACCUAUUGAGGACUUGAGAUAUGCAUACACACUGAAGGAGGAAAUUCCAUGGCAAUCGAUCUUUCUGGCCUUUUUCUUACUAGUGUUCGGCACGCUCUUUUUGAUUCUCGCUCAUUUUCUUCUCACUGGACACAUGAAAGGGGAAUCUUCUCAAGGCUUCGGCUUUCUCGUUCUGGGGUGCUUAUUGUUCCUGCCAGGGUUUUACGAGACGCGGAUUGCGUAUUAUGCCUGGAGGGGGAUGAAGGGCUACUCGUUUUCCCGGAUUCCAGCUAUGUGACUCUGUGAUUGAUGGAUUCCAGCUAUGUGACUCUGUGAUUGAUUACCUUUGAGCCUCCUAUGUGAUUUUCUCCAUCUAUUGUUCUCUUUAUUUUUUUGACCAAAUUGGGGCCGCACGUGGGGUGGGUGUCUUCUCAUGGCCGUAUCCUUUGAGAAGGCCUCGAAGCGUGAGGGGACAGCGGUGGUGUGGUUUAGGGUUUUGGCUGCAUGUGCUCGUCGCUGCCGUUUAGUAACUUCACUUUAAGCUUUACACGGAAGGUGUGUCUGUACCGGCUCUUCUUCCGCAUGCACCGGUGUAGAAGCACCCAAAGGAGAGGAGAAAACCGGCUUCUUCUACGUGCACCUGUGUAGAAGCACCCAAAGGAGAGGAGAAGACUUGCGAAUCAUUUGAUUGGAAUGGUCAAGGUUUGUGAAUUCGCGUCAGUUUGCUGCUGGAGGAAUGUGGCCAACAUACACGAUGUUGUGUCCGGGUCCCCAUUGUUAUAUACAGUUUUGAUUGAUGUGCCCUGAAGCCACGCCAAUCUGUCUGUAUCCAUCAUUACAAAUUUAAUGGUUCUCGCGAUGGACUUGGUUGGUCAUUGUGAUAUCGAGCCUCCGUUUUUCUCUUUUGUUUUCUCGUGUUUCCAGUCUCUUUCACCACCAAAACUGGGACUUUCUUUUUUCCUUUGAAGAUGGUGGAUGGGUGGUGAUUAACAAGGAGCGAUUUGCUGUCGCCAGAUGGACGGACGGGACGGCACAGUUUUUGCAUUUGUCGCCCCUUUAUGAUCUAUUGGCCGCUACAAAGUUCAGACCGCAAAGCUCUGCUCUGUGACGGAUGGACUUGCCGUGAGUAGAAAUAACAUCCUUCUGCUGCUCUGCAGCCUUAAAUCCUCCUGUUUGACAUUCGUUCGCUGCCCUGCAGCUUUUUGUUUUGCAGCUGUGUGUGAUGCAUGUGCCUUGGGACAUCGGAAUUUUCGUCUUGUUCCCUAGGUAGCUUACGGAGCAGUGAGCUAUGUCCACUAGCUGAAGUGUACACGGGAGUUGCGACAUCACUUUACCCCGGAGUUGGGACAUCACCUGGGUCUGACCGAGAGCACGAAGGGACUGCACUCUGGUCAUUUCUUCACGCACGCUGGAGUUGAAGCCUCCCCUCCCAUCGAUGUUUCCGGGUACGUAGGUGUACAUACCCCUUGACUCG